UCAUCCUCAAUCUGGUUGCGGGCCCUCUUCUCUUUAAUUUAAUAAUUUAUUAUUACUCCUAAUGGCCUGUUCUUGUGGCUUUUAUGCUUGGUCCAUUCCUGCAGUUGGCCCAAACAAAUUCAGAGAAAUAGGCAAGACUAACUUCACCAGAAUUGUGCCUAUGCCUAAUACGCACAAAUGGAGUAUUGCACACGAUCACACCUUGGUCUCUAUCCCCUUAAAGAAAGAUAACCAUUCACCUGAACUUGGCAGUUUUACUGAUGAUUUCUACAAUGAACAUGCACAAAAGUUAAAGGAAGUUAAGCAUGUAUUCAGCAAACUAGGAGAAGAUGCAAUGGAAAGCAUGAUGAUGAUUGAUGCCAUACAACGCCUAGGCAUUGAUCAUCACUUCGAAGAGGAGAUUGAAGCAGUUCUGCAGAAGCAGUAUAUGAAAUCUAGCAUUCAUGGUGAUUGUGAUGAGGAUCUUUAUGAGGUUGCACUCCGCUUUCGCCUAUUGAGACAAGAAGGUUACACUGUGCCCGCAGAUGUGUUGAAUAACUUCAAGAACAAGGAGGGGAAGUUUAAACAAAACCUACGCACAGACAUCAGAGGAUUGAUGGGUUUGUAUGAAGCUUCUCAGCUAAGUAUAGGAGAAGAUAUACUUGAGGAAGCCGGAAAUUUCAGCAGUCUACUCCUUAAUGCAUGUUUGCAACAUCUUGAUCAUCAUCAAGCUGCAGUUGUUAAGAAUACAUUGGAGCAUCCCCAUCACAAGAGCUUGGCACGGUUCAUGACCAAAAACUUCCUUACUGAUUUCCAGGGCACAAAUGGAUGGAUAAAUGCAUUGCAAGAAUUAGCAAAAAUAGAUUUCAAUAUGGUUAAAUCCGUGCAUCAAAAGGAGAUGCUUCAAAUUUCUAAAUGGUGGAAGGACCUAAGUUUGACCGAGGAGUUGAAGUUUGCAAGAGACCAACCACUGAAAUGGUACAUGUGGCCAAUGGCAAUCAUCCCAGAUCCAAGGUUGUCAGAGCAAAGGAUUGAGCUCACAAAACCUAUCUCUCUAAUCUACAUAAUAGAUGACAUUUUUGAUGUUGGUGGAACCCUUGAUGAACUCACUCUGUUCACAGAAGCUGUUAAUAGAUGGGAUUUGUCUGCUUUCAAAGAGCUUCCAGAGUACAUGAAGAUGUGUUUCAAGACUCUUGAUGACAUCACGAAUGAGAUCAGUACCAAGGUCCACAAGGAGCAUAAGUGGAACCCAGUGGGCUCUCUACGGAAGGCGUGGGCGAGUUUAUGCAACGCAUUUCUAGUAGAGGCAAAAUGGUUUGCUUCUGGGCAUGUGCCAAAGGCUGAGGAGUACUUGAAGAAUGGGGCCGUUAGUUCAGGGGUACAUGUGGUGCUAGUUCACUUGUUUUUUCUAUUGGGUCAUGGCAUAACCAAGGAAAAUGUAGAUCUUGUGGAUGACUUUCCAGGCAUUAUAUCUUCUACAGCAACAAUUCUUCGUCUUUGGGAUGACCUCGGAAGCGCCAAGGUAAAUGCCAACCACAUGCAGGAUGAGAAUCAAGACGGGCAUGAUGGGUCCUAUGUAGAGUGCUACUUGAAGGAACACCGAGGCUCUUCAGUUGAAAAUGCAAGACAGAUCGUAGCCCAUAUGAUUUCAGAUAUGUGGAAGCGCCUCAACAAGGAAUGCCUCUCUCCAAAUCCAUUUUCAACUUCUUUUACAAAAGGCUCCCUCAAUAUUGCAAGAAUGGUCCCUUUGAUGUAUAGUUAUGAUGACCAACAGUGCCUUCCUGGCCUUGAGGAGCAUAUGAAGUCCUUGCUCCUUGAGAAUCUACCAUACAGAAACACUCAAAAAAUAAAUGAGUGAAAUUUUUGCCUCAGCCUAUUGGAGAUACGCUUUGAUGUAGUGAAAUUUACACUCUUCCUACAAGAACAGCAUCCUCUUUUGCAUCCCAUUGGAGAUACUCAUGGCCUCAGUGCAAUUAUAUUGAAUAAAUUUACCUGCAAGUCAUUUCCGUUUCCA